CGGUUUGCUUAGUUAUCGAUAACUGCGUCCAGUCAAACAAAACAAAUUGUAUAUUAAUUUUAGAAUUAAAUGAAUUUCUGAAUAAAUAAAUCUAAAGAAAUGGCGCAAACGGAAUCCCCAGCAGCCAAGCGCAUGAAGUUGGAGAAGAAGCCGGCGACAGUCGAGGAGGAUGAGACGCCCUCCGUGUUCAAUCCAAAGUACCGAGUGUGUCCCUACUUGGAUACCAUCAACCGGAACCUGCUAGACUUCGAUUUCGAGAAGCUGUGCUCCAUCUCCUUGACAAGAAUCAAUGUUUAUGCGUGUCUGGUGUGCGGAAAGUACUUCCAGGGCCGUGGCACCAACACCCACGCCUAUACGCAUUCCGUGGGCGAGGCACAUCAUGUGUUUCUCAAUCUGCAUACGCUGAGAUUCUAUUGCCUGCCGGAUAACUACGAGAUCAUCGACUCCUCGCUGGACGACAUCAAGUACGUGUUGAAUCCAACUUUUACACGCCAGGAGAUCAGCAAAUUGGAUCAGCUACAGCCAAAACAUUCUCGAACGGUGGAUGGAGUUUUAUAUUUACCAGGCGUUGUGGGUCUGAACAAUAUUAAGGCCAAUGACUACUGCAAUGUUGUGCUGCAUGCCCUCUCCCAUGUCGGUCCUCUUAGGGACUACUUUCUGCGGGAGCAAAGCUAUGCGCAUGUCAAACGGCCACCUGGUGACUCCAUGUUUACGCUGGUUCAACGUUUCGGAGAGCUAAUGCGUAAGAUGUGGAAUCCACGCAACUUUAAGGCUCAUGUAUCGCCCCACGAAAUGCUCCAAGCGGUGGUGUUGUGGUCCAGCAAACGAUUCCAGAUCACAGAACAGGGCGAUCCUAUUGACUUUCUGUCUUGGUUCCUCAAUACUCUGCAUCGAGCCCUCAAGGGCAACAAGCAGCCCAAUUCUUCAAUACUGUACAAGAUCUUUCUGGGUGAGAUGCAGAUCUAUACGCGUAAAAUACCUCCUGUUGAGCUGGACGAUACGGCCAAAGCGCAACUGCUGGCCACCGAGGAAUACAAGGACCAGGUCGAGCACACCAAUUUUAUUUACCUCACCUGCGAUCUGCCACCGCCACCGCUGUUUACCGAUGAGUUCCGUGAGAAUAUCAUACCGCAGGUUAAUCUCUAUCAGCUGCUGGGCAAGUUUAAUGGCAGCGCCGAGAAGGAGUACAAGACGUACAAGGACAACUUUAUGAAACGUUUCGAGAUCACCCGUCUGCCGCAGUUUAUCAUUUUGUACAUCAAGCGUUUUACCAAGAACACCUUCUUCCUGGAAAAGAAUCCCACCAUUGUCAACUUCCCCAUCAAGAACGUGGACUUCGGCGACAUUCUGGGCAUGCGGCAGCGCGACAAGGAUGUAAAGGACACGAAAUACAAUCUAGUGGCCAAUAUUGUGCACGACGGUGAUCCCAAGAAGGGCACUUAUCGCGCCCAUAUCCUGCACAAGGCCAACGGCCAGUGGUACGAGAUGCAGGACCUGCAUGUCACCGAAAUCCUUCCACAGAUGAUCACGCUCACCGAGUCCUACAUACAAAUCUACGAGCGCUGUUCGGACUCCUCAUGAUCCUCCUGACUUGUAGUUACUUUUAGCUGUAUUUCGAUAAACAAACUCCAUGAUCAUGAUCCAAAAGUAAUAUAUGCUGUAGUCGAAUGUAGCGACUAUAACUGGCCCUUAUAUAGGAGAAUUUUGUAUGUUUUUUUAAUUGUCUGAUGCAAAAUGUUGAAAAAUGUAAAAAUUCAAAAAAUAA